AUGCCAAUGGCUCCUGGACCUCAGUCUCCUUCGAUACACAACAGCUUGAUGGGUACUCGCAUUCCCCAUCCUGCCUCUACCCGCUGGGAUGAUGAGGAUGAUGAUUUUCCUUUGCGUCCAACGAAGCGUAACAAGAUAGCCCCAUCCAGUCCAAAGAGAAUAUCUCCCAGAAAACCUCUACCCAAGCAGCGGACAAGGAACGAGAUUCCUGAUUCGGAAGAUGAAGAACAAGAUCUGGAAGAAGAUGGUGGCGUGCGUUUGCCCGCAGACUUCAGAGCCACUCAACUAGAGGCAACUCUUCCCCCCGUUCAGACAGACGAAGAGGCGAUUGAGGCCUACGAGGCAUACAAGGCGAGCGAGUAUGUUGGACAACAGCAAGAAGAGGACGGAGAGAGCACAAGUGUGUCACGUCUUGAGUCGAGAAGGUGGGUCAGAGGACGCAGUUCCAUCUACGUCGAUGCGUUCAAUCUUGCCCUUAAUACUGUGCUGGAAGACGAGGGGCAUCUCUUCAACGAAGCCGAGCACAGCCUUUUCAAGAUAUGGCAAAAGUUGGACUACGAAGCUCAGUAUCUCUAUGUCAGGCUGUUCCUGAGAAAGACCAGUAAAUGGUUUCGGGUCAAGGACUUGCAGUAUUACAGCGACGUGGCUGAUAUUGACGCAGCGGUGCUCGAAUUGCAGAAACAGAGGCCGCUCCCUACAGAUGAAGCAGAGCCUGAAAUUUAUCCUGGUGAGCUGGAACCAGACAGGGAAUCGGUACUCGGCCAAACUUUUGCCUUUGCAGAAUGCUCUUCGGCCCAGAUCACAACCUUGGACGAGGCGAGUAGUCUCCUCCUCCUGGACGAGCUGAAGAUUCUAGCAAAGGAGGCGAAGGUGCAAGGCAAGAAUAAGCGUGAGCUUUUGCAGAACUUUCGCCGUACAAGCGGGAAACAGACAGGGCUGGGGUUCAAAGAACUAAGACGUACAGACACGGAAGAGAGUGCCACAAGUGUGAUGUCCGAAGAUUCACAGUCUCUGUACGAUGAUGACGAGGAUGGCCAAACAUCGGGAUCGAGAACUCCAACGAUCAACAACCGAGACGCACAUUUUACCAAGAAGAUUCUCCGCCGGACAGGGCGUUGCAUCAGACUUUCGCUGACGCCAUUGAAACUCUUUGAACGAGUUCAUCUCGUGUUUUACCGUAGCACCGAGUGGACAGAGAAGAGUCUGACGACUCUCAUUCUCGCAAAGAUUUCCCGUCGCAACUUUCCCGAAUACAUUGUGAGCCGGUCUGCCACCAUUUUCGAGUCAAGAGCACUGUUGCUAGAGUUCGAAGCCAGCCUACGUACUCAGUUCAAAGUGGACAACAUCCUCGAGUUCAACGGCACCCCGGGCCGCAAAUCGCUCGAAGAAGUCCAGCGAAUAUUCGAAGCCGUCUAUCCGCGCUGGAAAUUCCUCCUUGCCGAAGAGGAGCGGAAGGAAGAACGUGUUUACGAAUCCGGUGAGGGCGCAUACCUGCGGCGCUUCAGCCCUGCCUGGGUCUACACCCGGAUCGUACACAAAGGUCUCCAACCACUCGCGCGCUUCAAGGAGCACCUCCGCGAGCAUGAGAUCCUCACCGAGCUCCUGGACCAGCGUUUAUUUCACGCUUCUCGUCGUGGCGCAUGGUACCAGCGCAAGGCCCUGCUUGAGGAACAUUACCUGCACGCCCUGACUCCCUCGGAAGGUAGGAGCCCCGAAGUCAACAAAAAGCACUGGAAGCGAAUCGCUCUGUCUACGUGCGAGCAAGGUCUCCAGGACAAGGAAUGCCACAUCAUAUACCAUUACGAUCUGCAGAAGCGAGUCAAGAAACUUGAGAAGCAACUACGUAUACCUGUCCGCGAACAGCAUGACUUCGGACACGUCAGACUCGCGAAACCCUUUGAACGCGAUGUCGUCGGGGUCAAGCUUGAGAAAGAUGACGUCGAGCCAUGGCGGAGCCUCAGUGGUAUCAGCAACAGGAAGUCUAGUGUGACUUCUCUCGUUGCGGACGUCCACUCCAAUGAUGAAAAGGCUGGAGAAGAUGGAGAAGAGAAGACUACAAACACGAGCGUGAGGGUGAGCGCGAGCAAGACACCAUCGUCGACGGUCCUCGUACGUCACCCUAGCACUGGCAGUGGUGGUGGCAGUGCACCCGGUGCAAAGACAAUCUGGCUCGACACACUCGACACGAACGAACCUGUCAGCGUCGAGGCAAUGUGUCUCUCCCACUACCGCAAGGUGCUCGGGUACAAGGGGUACCACAGCGAAGGCGGCAUCCUCCGCACCAUUUUCGGCUUGUUGUUCUACGACAUCCUCUUCUUCAACCCAUACAUCCCCAACGUGUUCCAGACGGCAUACCAAACGUGUCCGCUGGAUUUGCACACCGACAGCUUCUUCUCGAGCCGCGUGCCCGAGAUCCUGGGUCGGAUCAACCAGAUCUCCAACGGCGAGGCAGAGGACAUUGUUCGACGCGUGUGGGACGACAACUUUGAGAGGCGCACAUGUAUCGUCGGCGUGAGGUGGGACGGGUUCGAGCGCGACGAUCUCAUGGAGUGUGUGUCCUGCUGGGACAAUCAGGGCUUGGCUACUGUCAUGUUGGUCAUGGCUCAAGAGUAUCAGAGCCGUGGUGGUGGUGUGCCCGAUUUGGUGCUCUGGAAGGUGGUGGACGGAAAUUCUGGUUCCGGUUCUGAUGCUGAUUCCGACGCUCGUCAUCGACGUCAAACGAGCCCGACGGGCCCGAGCGGUGCCGGCACUGGUUUUGGUGACGCCGAGGACGAAAGAUCAGAAUCCGUGUCCGUGCCCGUGGCUACAAGUGAGAACAGUGAGGCUAGAGGGGCCACCUCGAAAGGGAAAAGGCGCGGCGGCGAAGUCAUCUUCGUCGAAGUAAAGUCCGCAAACGACCGGUUGAGCGACACACAACGCCUUUGGAUCUCGGUGCUCUUGGGCGCCGGCGUCAAGGUUGAAUUGUGCCAUGCCGUAGCUGGAGAAGUCAGGCCGACGCCACAACUGUCGACGACCACGUCACGGUGA